GUGGCGGAACCCGAGACAUCGCUUGUGUUCCGAGGCACGCUUUCCCGAUGGCCAGCUACGAAGAGGUGAGCGUGUCCGGCUACGAAGAGUUCAUGCAGGUGGUGGAACAGCACAGUGGCAAGACCAUUUUCGCCUACUUUUCUGGUUCUAAGGACGCCGAAGGGAAAAGCUGGUGCCCAGACUGCGUGCAGGCUGAACCAGUCGUGCGAGAGGGGCUGAAGCGUGUUGGUGAAGGAUGUGUGUUCAUCUACUGCCAAGUAGGAGAGAAACCUUAUUGGAAAGAUCCAAAUAAUGACUUCAGGAAAAACCUGAAAUUAACUGCAGUGCCUACACUACUUAAGUAUGGAACACCUCAAAAACUGGUAGAAUCUGAGUGUCUUCAGGCCAACCUUGUGGAGAUGUUGUUUUCUGAAGAUUAAGAUGUGCUGAUGGCAAAUUGUGUCUAUUUCCUGAUUUGCUCUACUAUAAAAGAAACUGUAUACCUGCUUUGAAUUCAUGUUAACAAGUAAAUUAAUAAAGGAUGAUGUAAAAGAAAUCAGUAUAUAU